GGGAAAUUUGCAUUUUCAGCUGGAUGGUCUAUCUAGCUGAGUUUCCGGGAGGCGGAUCACCGGCUACGCUUAUCCAUCAGUUAACGGCGUUGUUGUUGACUGUAUUUCACCACGUCAAGUGAUGAAUCCAAGUUGACACUCUAAUGCUCCAACUAACGCAAGUUCCCGACGCAGGCGCUUUUUGGGAUAAACUAUCAACACAUAUGCACAUGCGACGUAUUCACCUCUGCGGAUGCGGAUGGGAAAGUGAGAACGCGGGAUCGAACACCCAGAACUGACUCUUCGCAGACGUUUUUCCCGGCCACGUGAUUGUACUGGUGCAGUUGUGGGAUUGUCGUUGGCAGUCUAUACCGAAUAAGAAUUGUGCGAAUCCAACUCGUUCGAGAAUGGAUUUCCGUUGUUGGCAUUUGGGCAAAAUUCGUUCCCCUCAUGAAUACAUUUCACGUCGUAUUAAGUUGCGUGCGCGCCGCACAUGAGGAAGUGCAGUGCAGUAACAGCCACCGGAAACAUUUAUUUUAUUCGGCGAUUGUUUUCGUCCUACCGUUGCUUUAUAUUAUGCAAUCGUAAUCAUCCGCGCAUGGACUGAUCUUUUGACCGCAACAUUUACUGCCGCACUAAGCCGCACUAUGUACGGGUUAGUUAUUGAGAGUAUUGUGGCCUACGUGAGGAAAGUGUAUGGCGAUGAAAAAUGGUUGGAAAUUCGGCGACUGGGUAAAAUUGAUCAGCAUUCCUUCAGUACGCAUCUUAUCUAUCCGGAAACAACUAUCCCCCGACUGGUAGAAGUCGCAUCGGAACUGUUGGGCCUAACAAAAGAUGAAAUGCUCGUGCAUUUUGGGAAUUUUUUUGUGGAAUUUGUCAGCCAAUAUGGAUAUGACAAAAUUCUGAGGGUGUUGGGCCGACAUAUGCGAGAUUUUCUGAAUGGCCUUGAUAAUUUGCACGAGUAUAUGCGCUUCAGUUAUCCAAAGCUGAAGCCUCCGUCGUUUUUCGUUGAAAAAGAAAACGAACACGGAUUGAUGCUACAUUAUCGAUCCAAAAGGAGAUACGGAGGUUACGUGCGGUACGUCAUGGGCCAGAUUAAGAGCGUUGGCGAAAUUUUUUACGGACUGGACAUCGAUAUUGAGCUCGUGAAGGAGGAAUUUUUGGGGAACACUGUCCACGUAACGAUGCAGCUUCGAUUCGAUAAUUCAGCCUUGACCGAUGGUCACUCCGAACAAGACAUUGUUAUGGAAGAUAUGAAGAUCGACUCGGAAAUGUUUUUUGAAGCCUUUCCUUUCCAUGUCGUCUUCACUGAAGAUAUGACGAUAAAGUCGGUCGGACAUGGGCUUGCCAAUGUGUGCCCAAAUACCGAAGGUUACGAUAUUAGCCAUAUUUUCAAUUUGAAACGUCCGAUGGUGGAAUUCACAUGGGACCAAGUAAUGAGUCAUACCAAUAAUGUGUUCGAGAUGGAAUCUGUGGAUAGCGUUCAAAAGAAACCGGAUAUGGAUUUUUUAGCCGAUGGUGAUAAUCGGCAUCGAUAUGAUAUAGACGACGAUAUCGACCGCACUGAAAGUGAUAUUACCGACUUUCUCAGUGAGGGAAUGAAACUGCAUCUCAAAGGACAAAUGAUGUGGGUGCCCGAGUGGCAAGGCAUGUUAUUUCUUGGAACCCCCGUACUGCCCAAUUUGACAGCCAUGUUCGAUACGGGGCUAUUCAUCAACGAUUUGAGUUUACAUGAUAACUCCAGAGAUCUCGUACUGGCCGGCACGCAGACUUCCGCGGAGCUGAAGCUGGCACUCGAUCAGGAGCAAGUAAAGAGCAAAAAACUGGAAGAGAGCAUGCGAAAAUUGGAUGAGGAAAUGCGUCGCACUGAUGAGCUACUCUACCAGAUGAUUCCGCGCACGAUUGCCGACCGUUUAAGAGCGGGCGAACCCGCACUGGAAACCUGUCAGGUUUUCAACGAUGUAACCGUCCUCUUCAGUGAUGUAGUGGGUUUUACUAUGAUCUGCUCCCGUAUCUCUCCACUCCAAGUGGUCACAAUGCUGAACAUGAUGUACAGCAAGUUUGAUCAGCUGUGUUCAACAAAUGAUGUAUAUAAAGUUGAGACAAUCGGAGACGCCUAUGUGGUUGUCUCGGGUGCACCGGAAGAAGUCACCGAUCACGCGGAGAGAAUUGCGGAUAUGGCCAUUGGAAUGCUGGAAACAAUGCCAACACUGGUCGAUCCUUCUACCGGCGCCCACCUGCAGAUUCGCGUUGGACUUAAUUCCGGCGUGGUUGUCGCAGGUGUCGUGGGAUUAAAGAUGCCGCGCUAUUGUUUAUUCGGUGAUACAGUAAAUACAGCUGCAAAAAUGGAAUCUUCCAGUCAGAGCAUGAAAGUACAGAUGACAGAAGCAACAAUGAAGCACCUGACCGGAAACCCCAAAUACGUCACCUCCCUUCGGGGGCUAGUUGAUGUGAAGGACAAAGGGAAAAUGAAUACAUACUGGUUGGGUAAGAGCGACGAUUACGAGUCGCUGCGGAUAAUUAGAAAGAUCGCCGUUGCACCGCCGCCCGGACGGAUACGCGCGGCAACCAUGAGCCGACCGCCUCCGCCGAAGCGCAAUUCUCUGAGCAAAUCUAACAAUGCUGAAGCGUCGAAAAGCCUGAAACGCCUGCCGCAGCAGCGAAUCCGGCCUCGCCGAAACCAGUGCCUGCUCCAUCCCCUUCCAAGGCCGCGAACGCCAAAGAAGAGGAAAAGCAUAGGAGGUCCUCCUUGGCUAAAAGUGAUUCCGGUUAUGCUAACUCCGUCAAAUCCGAUCUUCCCACCGAUAAAGAUCUUCCACGUGAUGCUGAUAAGCAGAAAGAGCGCAAGCAAACCGGUGUGGGCAAUGCUUCCCGUACGCCCAAAACCGGUGCGAACACGGUCCCGCCCCCUCCUUCCGCCAUCCAAUCGCAGUUAAGUCCCAACA